AUGAUCUGUCUCUCUGACUCCGGAUUUCUGAAAAUAGGCACUAUCCUCCACGGCACCAUCACCUCCGUCUCCCCGCAAAUGAACACUGCCUUGCGCACCGUCAAAAUGACCCCGAAGGGCCGUGAUCCCGUCUCGCUCGAUACCAUCAACAUCCGCGGCUCAACAAUCCGCUACUACAUCCUGCCCGACAGCUUGCCGCUGGACACCUUGCUUGUGGAUGACGCGCCCAAGCCAAAGAACAAGGCACGCAAGGAGGUAGACCGUGGCCGCGGUGGUCGCGGUGGUGGGCGCGGCGGUCCACGAGGACGCGGUCGUGGCCGUGGUCGGGGCCGCGGUUUCUAG